CAACAUGGCUUCAAACAUCUUGCUCGUUGCCGCUCCUACUGUGGGGGCUCAGUCUGCCGUAGAGGCGAUGGUCGUGCGUAAUGGUAGUGGUGCAGUGUUGUGACGGCGGCCAAGUUCUGGUGUUGAUGCUGCUGCUGCUGCUAUCGGUGGUGUCGAAACCCACAACGGAAACAAAAGUUCGAUAGGAAAAAAACAGCGGCUCUUCUAUAGCCAACUAAGUCUGACCGAAAUAAAAUUACGAACGGAACAAAGUGGCGAACAAAAACAUGAGCGCCGGGGGCCCGGGCGGCUCCGCCGGAAGCGGCUCGAGAGCUGCUCACCAGCACACUCCCAAAGAUGCACAGGUUAUGGCUGCCUUGCUCAAGGAUAUGGGAGUUACCGAGUAUGAGCCGAAAGUCAUCGAUCAGAUGCUCGACUUCUCCUACAAAUAUGUCACGAACGUGCUAGAAGAAGCGAAAGUCUGCAGUGGGCACGCGAAAAAGCGCUCAAUAGAUGCUGAAGAUGUGCGGUUAGGUAUUCAAUUGCUCUGUGACAAAUCUUUUACGAAUCCACCACCUCGAGAGCUCCUAAUGGACGUCGCGCGAGCAAAGAACGCCCAACACCUUCCGCUUAUAAAGAGCACUACAGGAGCACGAUUGCCUCCUGACAGGUACACGCUCACAUCCGCCAAUUAUCGUUGCAAGACCAAACCGCGCCCGCCAGCUCACAAACUAAUGCAGACUGGAUCCCAAAGUGUCCUAUCAAAAACGACACCCGCAGUAUCGUUAUCGUCAAAAAGUGGCGCUACCCUAUCUGUCGUUAAGAAAGGGGGCUCGCAACCCUCUCAAGUGACAAUCGUGUCGCGGCCAACAAUUGUGCAGAGUGCGUCCUCACAACAGCACCAGCAGCCCGUCCCACGGCCGUUAAUAAAACUUUCCGCAGCCUCGAGUGGUAGCAGCGGAGGUCCAACGGUGAAUGUCGUGACAAAGCCAAAACCGAUCUCAGUAACAGGAAUGCCCCCGAUAAACAUCGUCAGCGGGGAGCGGAAGCGAAAAGCCGAGGAUGAAGCGCAUUAAACUUUAGUAGGGAAGGAAUACAUGUCAAGGAAAUAAUCUGUGGCCAAGAGAUAGUCGAUAUUUGGUAAACAUGAAGCAAGAGUUAUUAAACUCAGUGUUAACUCCGCGAAUUUGCGAAGCCGCCAUCUUUUUCAAAUAGAACCUAAUGGAGUGCUAAUCGAAUUACCAGGGUUACUUACCAAUCUGUUUUGUUGAUGAAACAGGCUGGUUUGACUCGAAAAGGAGGGAAUGUUAUAUUCCACCGCAAAAAAAACUUGAUGACCUAUCGACAAGAUGGCGAUGCGGGAAGCGAAGUUGAAAGAAACAGAGAAGAGCACAAUUAGCUGAGUCAAAAACAAGUGUACAUGAUACCUCUGUAUAGAAUGACCAUGAUUGAUGGUAACGAUAUAUAUUUAGUCCUUUAUUACGCGAGUUGAGAUUCACCCUGUCAUCAAGAACCCUGUUUCAUAUUUCGUUUUUUGCCUGUAU